AGUACAAGAUAAACAAACCAUUCAAUUGGUGUCUGUUCGAUGCCUUGGCAACCUUGCACAUAAAAGUCGAGUCCAUUUUCCUUCUUUUCAUUCUUUGCGCAAACUCUCCAUCACCGAAUUCCUCGGAGAAAGAAAAAAAACUUGAGAAGAAAGAGAAAUCCAUAAAAUAGAUAGUUGAAUAAAUCACACACAAUCAAAUUAUGUUGCAUCAGCCACAACAGCAGCAACAGCAGCAGCAGCGAGAGAGAGCUCGUCGUCGCUGCGAAGGCACUGCUAUGGGCGCCAUCGCUCUCGAUCUUCGUCCUGGUCUCGGCAUCGGUCCUUUUACUCUUGGGAUGCCAAUCUGUGAAGCGUUUGCGCAAAUUGAACAACAGCCUAACAUUUAUGAUGUUGUGCACGUCAAGUAUCUUGACGAGGAGCCAUUAAAGUUGGAUAUUGUCAUUAGCUUUCCCGAUCAUGGGUUUCACCUCCGUUUUGAUCCUUGGUCUCAGAGGCUGCGCCUUAUUGAAAUUUAUAAUGUUAAAAGGCUUCAGAUGCGGUAUGCCACUUCUCUUAUAGGAGGGCCGUCAACUCUUGCAACUUUUGUAGCUGUGUAUCAGCUUUUUGGUCCUACAUAUCCAGGGAUCUUCGACAAAGAAAGAAGCAUCUAUAAUCUGUUAUAUCCAGGAUUGUCCUUUGCUUUUCCUAUUCCUGCACAGUAUACAGCCUGUUGCAAUGAUGGGCAAGCGGAAUUGCCACUUGAGUUUCCUGAUGGGACUACUCCAGUUACUUGCCGUGUCUGUAUAUAUGAUAGUUCAAUGGGUAAGAAGGUAGGAGUUGGAUCACUAAUGGACAAGGCUAUUGUUCCUCCACUGCCUACUGGUAGCCUCUACAUGGAAGAGGUCCAAGUUAAGUUGGGAGAAGAAUUACGGUUUUCUAUAGGCGGUCAGCAUAUACCUUUUGGUGCAUCCCCACAGGAUGUUUGGACUGAAUUAGGCCGUCCUUGUGGGAUACACCAGAAGCAGGUUGACCAGAUGGUUAUUCACUCUGCAUCAGAUCCGCGCCCACGAACAACCCUUUGUGGAGAUUACUUUUAUAAUUAUUUCACACGUGGGUUGGACAUACUAUUUGACGGGCAGACACAUAAAAUCAAGAAGUUUGUUCUACACGCAAACUAUCCUGGGCAUCCUGAUUUUAACUCAUACAUGAAGUGCAAUUUCAUCAUCCACUCAUCUGAUUUCGCGGGAUCUUUCUUGGAUGAAAGUAGUUCAAAGCACUGCAUUACUGCAAGUACCAAGUGGGACCAAGUGAAGGAAAUUCUUGGGGAUUGUGGUCGUGCUGCUAUUCAAACUCAAGGUUCAACAAACAAUCCUUUUGGAUCUACGUUUGUGUAUGGCUAUCAAAAUGUUGCCUUUGAGGUUAUGAAGAAUGGCUAUAUUGGCACUGUGACGCUGUUUCAGUCAUCAUAAAUAAUAAAUGUGUUGGAAACUGAUCAGAUUGAUGGUGUAAUACAGUCGCGCUAAAAUGUGGAAGGGAGUGGAUGUACGACCGCAAGUCUAAAGCAGCUCAAACCCACUUAUCGUAGUUGAUAUGUCAGGAAGCAAACAUAAUGUUAAAUGUACAGUUGCUUUGUGUCAUGUAUAGUUCUAAUUACAGUAACUUUGAGAAGCCAAUAUGUCCAGGAAAGUGAGCCCCAAAUAUCCGUUUACUUGUAUAUAGCUAUUUAUCGUGGAGGGGCUUAGAUCUUGUUACUUUCUGGCAUGGUGCUUUUCUUUAACUGGUAUCUUAUAAUCUAUGCUCUUCACUUUGGUGCUUUUUCAGAAUUCAAAAUUGUGAUCUGUAUAGAACGAUGUGCCUGACUAUUGUAUCUGAAAUGUUAGGGAGUAAUAAGAUGAAUCUUUCUUUAGUUUCUAUUA